AUUCACACAGAGCUGGUGCCCGAGCGUCGUCAAUGGGAAGGGAACGCCGCGUUGGAAAAAGCGCACAGUGUUUAGUCAACUUUUAACUGCACCAUGGUUUGCGCCUCAGUUUCGUGUUUGUGGACUAUAUUUUGCCUUCAUUUAUGUUUUUAUUUGAACACUGGAAUAGCACAGAACACGAGAGAGGUGAUCCUGCUGGAUUCAAAGGCGCAGCAGACAGAACUGGAGUGGAUAUCGUCUCCUCCGAGCGGGUGGGAAGAGAUUAGCGGCUUGGAUGAAAACUACACACCCAUUCGCACAUACCAGGUAUGCCAGGUCAUGGAACCAAAUCAGAACAACUGGCUACGGACUAACUGGAUUGAAAAGGGCGAUGCCCAAAGGAUUUUUGUGGAGCUGAAGUUUACCUUGAGGGAUUGUAACAGCCUUCCAGGGGUGGUUGGCUCUUGCAAGGAGACGUUCAACUUAUACUACCAAGAAACCGAUGUGGAGGUGGGAAGGAAUAUAAGGGAAAGUCAGUAUGUGAAAAUUGACACUAUAGCCGCAGAUGAGAGUUUUACUCAGGGUGACCUGGGGGAAAGAAAGAUGAAGCUAAACACGGAGGUGCGUAUAAUCGGGCCUCUCUCCCGCAGAGGCUUCUACCUGGCCUUUCAGGAUGUAGGGGCCUGCAUCGCUUUGGUCUCCGUCAAAGUUUAUUACAAGAAGUGUUGGUCGAUUAUUGAGAACCUGGCCACGUUCCCAGAUACGGUGACAGGGUCAGAGUUUUCAUCGCUGGUGGAAGUGGAGGGCACGUGUGUCAACGACGCAGAGGAGGAGGCUGACAACUCUCCCAAAAUGCAUUGCAGUGCAGAAGGAGAGUGGCUGGUGCCCAUUGGGAAAUGUAUAUGCAAAGCUGGAUUUCACCAGAAGGGAGAUGCAUGUGAACCCUGUGGUCGUGGAUUCUACAAGUCUUCAUCUCAGGAUCUUCAAUGUUCCCGUUGUCCUGCACACAGUUAUAAUGACAGAGAGGGCUCAUGGAGAUGUGACUGCGAGGAUGGCUACUACAGAGCCCUCUCCGACCCUCCUUCAGUCGCCUGCACUAGGCCACCAUCAGCUCCUCAGAAUUUGCUCUACAACAUCAACCACACCACCGUAAGCCUGGAGUGGACCCCGCCGGCCGACACAGGUGGCCGCAUUGACGUUACAUACCGGAUUAUAUGCCGUCGCUGCACCUGGGAGCCAGAGGAGUGCUUCCCCUGCGGGAGCAAUGUUGGCUAUUUUCCACAGCAGAGCGGAUUAACGGACACCUACGUCACCAUCACCGACCUGUUAGCGCACGCAAACUACACUUUCGAGGUCGAGGCUGUGAACGGCGUGUCCGACCUCAGCCGAACCCAGCGACUGUUUGCCGCCGUCAGCAUCGCCACCAGCCAAGCAGCCCCGUCUCAGGUGAGCGAGAUGAUAAAGGAGCGGGUACAGCAGCACAGCGUUCAGCUCUCCUGGCAGGAACCAGAGCAACCCAACGGCGUCAUCACUGAAUAUGAGAUCAAGUACUAUGAGAAAGACCAGAAGGAUCGCAUUUACUCCACGGUGAAGUCAAAGUCCACUUCAGCCACAGUCAAUAAUCUGAAGCCGAACACAGCGUACAUAUUUCAGAUCAGGGCGUUUACCGCCGCCGGUUAUGGCACCUUCGGCCCCAGAUUAGAGGUCACUACCAAAGAAGAGUCCACUGGAUCUGGUGAGCAAAACACAACAGUGAUAUCGACCGAGCAGAAUCCGGUCAUCAUCAUCGCCGUGGUCGCGGUGGCCGGCACAAUCAUCCUGGUCUUCAUGGUUUUCGGUUUCAUCAUAGGGAGAAGACACUGCGGCUACAGCAAGGCAGAUCAGGAAGGAGACGAGGAGCUGUACUUUCAAUUUAAAUUUCCAGGCACCAAAACCUACAUUGACCCUGAAACUUACGAAGACCCGAACAGGGCUGUCCAUCAGUUCGCCAAGGAGCUAGAUGCAUCUUGCAUUAAGAUUGAACGGGUUAUCGGCGCAGGAGAGUUUGGCGAGGUGUGCAGCGGACGACUGAAGCUGCCGGGAAAGAGGGACGUGUCCGUGGCUAUAAAAACGCUGAAAGUAGGCUACACCGAGAAACAGAGGCGGGACUUCCUGUGCGAGGCCAGCAUAAUGGGCCAGUUCGAUCAUCCAAACGUGGUCCAUCUCGAGGGCGUGGUCACCAGAGGAAAACCAGUCAUGAUAAUAAUUGAAUACAUGGAAAAUGGCUCAUUAGAUGCCUUCCUCAGGAAACAUGAUGGGCAGUUCACCGCGAUACAGCUGGUGGGAAUGCUGCGCGGCAUCGCGGCGGGGAUGAGGUACCUGUCUGACAUGGGCUACGUCCAUCGCGAUCUGGCGGCGCGUAACAUCCUAGUCAACAGCAAUCUCGUAUGUAAAGUGUCCGACUUCGGCCUGUCCAGAGUGAUUGACGACGAUCCCGAGGCUGUCUACACAACGACGGGUGGAAAAAUUCCAGUUCGGUGGACAGCAAUGGAAGCCAUCCAGUACCGUAAAUUCACAUCAGCCAGCGAUGUGUGGAGCUACGGGAUUGUCAUGUGGGAGGUCAUGUCCUAUGGGGAACGACCUUACUGGGACAUGUCCAAUCAGGAUGUCAUAAAGGCUAUAGAGGAGGGGUAUCGUCUUCCAGCCCCCAUGGAUUGCCCUCCUGGCCUCCAUCAGCUUAUGCUGGACUGCUGGCAGAAAGACAGAGCCGAGCGACCCAAAUUCGACCAGAUCGUCGGCAUCCUCGACAAAAUGAUCCGCAAUCCCAACACCUUAAAAACGCCAAUGGGGACGUGUACGCGACCCAUAAGUCCACUGCUAGACCAGAACACACCAGAUUUCACCUCUUUCCGAUUGGUUGGUGAGUGGUUGGAAGCCAUCAAGAUGGAGAGAUACGUAGACAACUUCACAGCCGCCGGAUACAGCUCGCUGGACACGGUCGCUAGAAUGACUAUCGAGGAUGUAAUGAGUUUGGGAAUCUCCUUGGUGGGCCAUCAGAAGAAGAUCAUGAGCAGUAUACAGACUAUGAGAGCCCAGAUGAUUCAUCUUCACGGCACGGGAGUUCAGGUGUAAUGGGCGUCGGCCGCCCCUCCCCCCGCCCGGUCCGACCAAUUUUGGAACUCUCCAGGACAGCACCGCUGAGCCGCUGAUAAUCACAGGAAAAUAAUACCAGAAGACAACAAACAAAACACUCGCCGUGCCCUCUCGGGUGCGAUUAACCUUCCGGAACUGGCAGAAUCAUUCCUUUGUUUUUGGCGAAGGAUUUUUUGGCGAAGGUGCUGAAAACCAAGAAACGGAGAGAGGACACAGCAAACGUGGAAAAGGAGAAUCCUACAUGGACAUUGGACUCUCAAAUCUCCAAAGAACUCAUCAAAUCACAUUGAGAUGGAGCGUUUGAGAAGAUUUUUAUGCUUUGUAUGGACUGUCCUGACUUUACGGUCACAAAUGUUUGCGAAUUUACAUAUAGUUGGUAUAGAUUUCACUGAUUUUGUUUUUUUUUUAUCGAAAAGGGUGAAUAUUAAAAUAAGCAAGUCCGAUUCUUAUAGAAAAGAUUUAAAGCGAGUUUGGAGAGAUUUUAUUCGUUUUGAUUUGGAAUAACCGCAUUGAGACGAUGUGGUACGUUACUCUUCUGCUCAAUUCGUGUUAGCUCAUUUAUUUUUGGAUUGUGUUACGGAACUGACAACAGGGUAAAAUGUCUCAUCCGAGGAAAAAGAGACAGAACCAGAGGCUGAAAGUCGAAAGAGGAGGUUUGACUUCUUCAGCCAGCACUAUUUACAUGAAGCUCUCUCCAGACUGAAGCAUCUGUCCUGCAGUAGUCUUUUAUAUCAAGUCGAAAUAUCCCACAGUUUUUUACAGACGUGGUUAUAUGAAGAUCCUGAGGGUGUUGUUUUUCACUGGUUGCGUUUAAGAAUAGCCCGAGCAGACAGUUUAUUUUAUGAUCCUACAUGACAUAGUAGACAAAGUACAAAGACAAUUGAGAACCACUUCAGGUGGAUUUUUUAUCGUAACAACUAUUACGGUGGCAAUAUUCUUUCUAAGUUUAUAUUUACCACAUGAAUGGAUUUGAUCUUAUCAGUGCUGUUGUUGAUCGUGUCCUUUUUAAUAUUGAUAUUAUUUACUAUAAAGACAGGAACAAAAACAAACAAAAAAAGCAUUAGGUUCUUUUAAUUAAGAAUUAUUACAUUUGUUCCACCAAGGAGUCCAGUAUUUAGUUUUAUUUUUUGUUUAAUAUCGGUUAGUUUAUUCCUAGUGGCUGACUGACUUCAUAGUUGUGGUGCAAAGGAGUAAUACUGCCUUAAAAAAGUCAACUAUUGCUCUUAUUUUUAAGUAUUACGAUUUUUGUGAGAUCAAGGCCGAGUUGGGGAGAGACUGACCAAUAUGAGCAAUAAUUACUCACGGUUGAGAGGUGCUGUAUAGACUUUUACUAUGUACUGCAUAAAGUCACAAAUCAGCAGCAGUAUUGUAAAAUUGAAUGCGUUUGUCAAAAAUUGUUAUACAUGAUGUUGAAUGUUGAAUUUAUUUGUUCUCGUCAUGUUUCUUCCAUCCCUCAAAUUGUUGAAAGCUUGAAAGUUUUCUUUUAGUGCCAAUAACCGCCUUCCACUUUGACGAACGAACUGCGUCAAGAGCAUUUUGGUGGUAAAUAGUUCGUUCAAUUGCAUUUUACCUUCCAAAACACUUGCUGGGCCGUAGUAGAUUUCUUCCAUUUUACUCAGCCUGGAGCACAAAAGUAUGCGUUAUUUAUUCUGAAAUCAGAAAUGUGUGACAUUUUCAACAUUAACAACACAGUGUUUUUCAUUAUUUUGGCAAGUGGAUGCCUAUUUUAACCGCUGUGCAAACCUAUUCUCGAUUGUGUCGGAAGUCAAGGUAUAGCCAUCUGUACACAGCAUCACGGGAGGAUUAGCUGAAUGCUUUUCAAAAGCCAUCGUUUAAUGUCUCUUUUGUGGCCCAGCGUUACGGCCCAAACCCAGCUGGGUUUUGUGUGCGUGCGCGAGUCCCUUUCGGAUCAUAUCACGCCCCGGUUAAGGGCCCAUCCUGUAUCUCGCAAACCUCAGCACUGAGCCCAUGCCAGGCCUUUGAAUUGAACGCAAGCGGAAAGGCUCUUGGUCAGCACAAACCUCCCGAGCUUCAGCGGUAGCUGCAGUCACGCAGUUCACUCUCCCCAUGCUCUGAUCUCACGCGCCGGGCCUCCCGGGUCCCUCGUAGGCCCUUACCUUCUCCGUAUGGAUCAGGGGCCCCUGUAGUGACAGCAAUUUGAGCCAAUUUGAGAUUAAUGCCUGGAUUCAAUCAAUCCCACAUUGAGGCCAUUGUACGGGUCAAUGACAAGUCUGUCGAUUUUUCUUGUUUUUCGCUAUUUUGUAACGUUUCUGGUUUGAUAGCAGAGGUUUUGUCUUGACAGUCUGUGCUGUGGAUUGAUUGAGUUCACGGUGCACCAGGGUAUCUUCUUACGACGUAAGACAAUAAAGAGACCCCAUCUAGACAAAAAUGAAAUGGAAUAUUCCAAAGAGUUCAGCACUGUUGAUUGUGUCAGAGUAAUCACGAAACCAGAGGACAAUUUGUGUAUGUUCAAACUGUAAAACUUGUAUAUUUUAUUUAUAAUUGUCGUUUCUUUUUUCACUCAAGUACUCUGUAGUGAGCUCAUUGAAAAUGCACUAUAUUUUUCUAUCUCACACGCAGCUGAUUAUUGUUACCUUCACUAUUUCAGUUGUACAUAAUUUCUCAUUUAGGACCAAAGAGAGCUAAUAGGUUUCCAUUUUAGAUUUUUUUUCUCUUUUAGGUUGGAAAAAUGUACAGUUAAAAUUGAAUUGUCAAUUUAUUAUUUAUUUUUCUGUGGCAAGAGUAUGGAGAGUAUUCAUUGGUCAGAAAAGUAUUUUCCCCAAUUGAGAAACUGUAUGGUCAUUUACCUAGACAAUUUCUUGUUACAUAGACCUCUUUUUUUUUGCUUUGUAACCUUUGUAAUAGACUGUACAUAUAUUUUUGGAAAUAUAAUGCAAUCUCUUUA